ACAAUGACUGUUCACGUGACCGACCGUCGCCCAGGUUGUGUCGAAAGCAUCCUGGUGUUAGCAUCCAGCUAGCCUCUGACAAUAAACUCAAAGUAAGGUGUCAAUAUCUCCGUCAUGAGCGAAGCACUAACUCGACUCUAGCGGAGACCGAAGACACGGACCUGCCUGCACGGGCCUUUGCCGACAUGCUCUGACCGCUGGCACCCGGAGAGGACAGUUUACACAGCGGACUAAACCUUAGCUUUAGCCGACGUUCAAACUUUGACGGGGAAACUGCAGCGAUUCGACAGCUAGCUGCUAGUUUGCAAAUGUACUACUACCGCAGCGGUUAGCUAGGUAACACGCCUUGUUGUUGUAGUAGUUAUGCUAACUAACUAGCUCCGCGGCUGUUGACACACUGACUAGUAGUUUGGUUUUUGUCCAAGUAAAUACAGCGUUAAGCGUUUUUACAAAGUGGCGUCCACCAACUUACUGGCAAUGACAGACGCUACGGUCGAGCUGCUAAUGCUAACAGUAGCCAUUUAAAUAGUGGGAGUUGCACUUAAACUCUCAGUCACGAACACGGUUGAUCGAAAUCCUAGAUGAUUUCUCUGAGAGUCGAUUUAUUGUUUUGAUUGUGAACACUGUCAGUGUGAACGACUGCACGCUUGUGUUUUGUGAUUGAUCCAAACACAUCAUGAGAUAAACGAUGCGAAACAACAGAAUGAUAAAGACGUGGGGAUUAACGCCGGGACAGCAAUAUUGUCUAGAAAACACAGCUCGGUAAUCCUCGUGUAUUUAGUAAUGCAGCGGCGCUAGAUUUGUACUGAAGUGCUUAGUGUAGUGUUAUACUUCGAUACAACAUUUGGCCCCUCAGCUGAUCGCAGAUAGGCAGUCUCCAGGCUGUGGUCCACUUUUCAUUGCGUUAUGUCUGGGGACACAUCCAGCAGCAGUGAUGAGUCCGAUUCCAAAACAAGUGAAAAGGCCUGUACCGUCAAGCAUCACAUCACCAAUGCUAACCUCACAGGUCACACUGAGAAGGUCGGCAUGGAGAACUUUGAGCUGCUUAAAGUCUUGGGCACAGGAGCUUAUGGAAAAGUGUUCUUGGUCAGGAAGAACAGUGGUCAUGAUGCAGGCCAGCUAUACGCCAUGAAGGUGUUAAAGAAAGCAGCUAUUGUUCAAAAGGCCAAGACAACAGAACAUACCCGCACUGAGAGGCAGGUGCUCGAGCACAUCCGCGAGUCUCCCUUCCUGGUCACGCUUCACUAUGCCUUUCAGACACAGAGCAAACUACAUCUCAUCCUGGACUAUGUGAGCGGCGGGGAGAUGUUCACUCAUUUGUACCAGCAGGAUCAUUUUCCUGAGGAGGCGGUGCGGAUUUAUAUUGGGGAAAUAAUCCUGGCUUUGGAGCACCUGCACAAGCUUGGGAUCGUGUACCGAGACGUCAAAUUGGAAAACAUUCUUCUAGACAACGAAGGCCACGUGGUGUUGACAGACUUUGGACUCAGCAAAGAGUUUCUGGAGAAAGAGAAGGAGAGGACCUACUCUUUCUGUGGCACCAUUGAGUACAUGGCACCUGAAAUCAUCAGGGGCAAGUCGGGGCAUGGCAAGUCGGUUGAUUGGUGGAGCCUUGGGAUCCUGAUGUUUGAGCUGCUGACAGGAGCGUCUCCCUUUACCUUAGAGGGAGAGAGGAACUCCCAGAGUGAAGUGUCAAAGCGUAUUUUGCGCUGUGAUCCACCGUUCCCUUCGAUGAUCGCAUCGACUGCUCAGGAUCUGCUGAGGAAAUUGUUGGUGAAAGAUCCCCACAGGAGACUGGGCUCCGGGCCGCGAGGGGCUGAUGAUAUUAAAGCACAUCCCUUCUUCAAGGGACUGAACUGGGCUGACCUAGCAGAGAAGAAGUUGCCAAGUCCAUUCAAACCAGAGCUGAAGAGUGAACUGGACGUGGGAAACUUUGCAGAGGAGUUCACUGGGAUGGAUCCUGUCUACUCCCCGGCGAGCACACCACCAAGCACGGGCCGCCUGUUCCAGGGCUACUCCUUCAUUGCUCCAUCCAUCCUCUUCAAUAAAAACGCAGUCAUGGGAGACUUUGUCGAAAGCCAGAUUGGUGCUGAUCGACCAGGGUCGGCCUCUGUCCAGCGCAGUGCAAUGUUAGAGGAAUCACAGUUUUUUCACAGCUAUGAGCUGUGUCUCCACGGGCCACCCUUAGGCGAGGGUAGUUUCUCUGUGUGCAGGAAGUGCAGACACAAGCAAAGUGGAAACGAGUAUGCCGUGAAGAUUGUGAGCCGCAGAAUGGAGGCAAACACUCAGAGGGAGAUUGCUGCUUUAAGGCAAUGUGAGGCUCACCCCAACAUUGUCAAGCUACAUGACGUCUUUACUGAUCAGUACCACACAUACUUGGUGAUGGAGCUGCUGCGAGGUGGCGAGUUGCUUGAAAGGAUCAAGAGAAAGAAACUUUUCGGGGAGGCGGAGGCCAGUCAGCUGUUACAGAGCCUGGUCUCAGCUGUCAGCUUCAUGCACGAGGCCGGAGUCGUGCACAGAGACCUCAAACCAGAGAACGUGCUGUUUGCCGAUGAGGGGGAGGACUCUGUGCUGAAAGUAAUAGACUUCGGAUUUGCCCGGCUGUGCCCUGCAGGCAGUGCCCCCCUGCAGACCCCCUGCUUCACGCUGCAGUACGCUGCACCUGAACUUUUUGAACGCGCAGGAUACGACAAGUCCUGUGACCUCUGGAGUCUUGGAGUCAUCCUGUACACCAUGCUGUCAGGCCAGGUGCCAUUUCAGAGUGAGCAACGGGGAAUGACGUCAUCGUACGCUGCUGACAUCAUGCAGAAAAUAAAAGAAGGCGAUUUCUCAUUGGAUGGGGAGGCCUGGAAAGGUGUAUCAGAAGACGCUAAAGAGCUUGUUAAAGGCCUAUUAACAGUGGAUCCAGAGAGUCGUCUCAAACUUUCUGAUCUGAAGGAGAACAGCUGGCUGCAGGGUGGCGCAUCCAUGUCCACUACUCCGUUGUGCACUCCAGAUGUGCUGGAGUCCAGUGGGCCCACCGUUCGCACCUAUGUUAAUGCUACCUACAAGGCUUUCAACCGCGGUAAGCGAGAGGGCUUCUUUCUGAAAAGCGUAGACAAUGCUCCACUCGCGAAACGACGGAAGCUGAAGAUGACGAGUACAGGCGUCGAGACCCGAUGGAGCUCAUCCUCUUCCUCCUCCUCUUCUUCCACGUCGUCCUCUGCCUCUGCCACUGCCUCUGCCGCUGCAACGGCGUCCAAAGUACAGCCAAAACAAACUGUGACCCCGAAGGAGAGCUAGCCUGAAUGGCAGCAGAGAGAAGAGCUGGGAAACGAAACGGUAUGUGUUUACAAUAACGACAUGAAGUCCUCCGGGUUGUGAUUGGCUCACUCACUUUCAGAAAACAUACCAAUAAAACCAAAAGACUGGUUAAGGUUAGUGUUAAGGUUUCAAUACAGAAUUGAAUUCCACAUUUUACCAGUGUCAUAUUUUCCCCAAACCGAGCAUGUAUUGUCCUCUAGUGGACGGAGAAGAAGUUAGAGGAGAUUUUAGAGGUCUAGUUUUCUAUCUUUGAGAUAUACAGAAAUCUGUGGCCUUUUGACCAAUUUACACUUAUUCAGUAUUCUCUCACCAUAUUUGGUGACAUCACACACUAAAAGUUAAAAACGAGACAUUUACCUAUUUUCACUGUGGGUAAGAAACAGUGCCUGGCUUUAUAGGGUUAAAGGGAAAAAGGAGCCAUAAACGAGCAGAAGCCAUAUUUAAGCAGCGAAGCAGUGAAUAUAUGAAUUGAGCCGUUGUGAUUACACAUGCAUUUGCACAAAGCAAAUAAGCGGUCCUUCCAGGAAUUUGCUAACCUAAUUCCUUGAUUGUAUUUUUAACUUUGCCACACGUACAUUGAUCGGCAGCAAAAUGUGGUGUGCCUCAUGUGGGCACUCUUCUGCAACAAAUAACAGUUUUGUGAAAACUGUUUAGUUGCUUUUUAUUUAGUUUGGGCAUAAAUAUAGCACUUUUUGUGGAGGAUGUAAAUAUAAAGGAUCAAAUUGUAAAAAGAAAAAAGCAAUUUUCUGGAAGGACUGAGCACAGAGGGAAAUCCCUGUGGUCUGUCUACACCUUUAGAGAUUUGGCAGGAUGCAAAAAAAUCAUAGUCAAAGUCUUCUUAUUAGUAUUUGAUACAGAUUCCAAUGUGUGAUGAUCUGUAGUCCAGAGGAUUGCACCUCCAGUACACGACCAACGCUGCAGCUCCCACUGAACGCAAUGAUAGAUGGUUAGUGUUUCAAUAAACCAUCAGAGUUUGAAGUUUUCACAGAACCGACCAGGUGUCCAACAGUAGCAGCUGUAAGAACACACAGAGGCGGUCCUGAAUCUACAGUGUGAUUUUCCUUGUCAUACUUUGCUGUAAAUUACUUGCAUCAUCGUGCUGGUCUAGCAUGCUAAUCUCUCGUGAUGAUCAACUAUAAGAAUGUUUUUCUAUAUUUUUUGGUAUCUCGGGCUUACUAAGGAAAUGUUACCCAGAAUGUUUUUAAUGCUACGAAGUGCAGCUCUAGUGGAGUAAAAUCCAUUCUCGCUGAUCCUGAGUGUACACCGCCUUGGGCUUGUGAAUUUUAAAAGGGUGUUUCAGUUCUCCGCUGGUCCGUCAGACCAGCACCACAUGCCGCUCCCACUAAUACCAUCUUAUUCGAUACAGUGAAUUACUUGCUCCCGUCGAUUAAGCUCAGCUUGGGCUGCAAACGUCACCCAUUUGUCUUUUUACAUAAGUGGUUUUAAAACGUCGUAUAGCUUUUGAAAUUCAAAUUGUGUUACAGAAUGAAACGUUUAAUAAAGACUUAACAAUAAAAUGGCUCUUUUCAGACCAUCCUGCGAGGUCUGUUGUGUAAAUACUCAUCAUUGAUUUAAAGCAAAAAACACAACGAUGUAUGUUAUGAUUUGAAAAAUGUUUAAAUGAUAUAUCAGUCUCCUGAUGUAAUUAUGCUUUUAUUGGACGUUUUUUUUCUACUUGUUGCACAGUCAGAUGAUCAAUUAAACACAUUUCAGCUUUAAAGGUGCUUUUACUGAUAUUUAUUACAUGUAGUUGAUUUUAAUGCUGUGGUAAUGGGAUUAUGAUCAUUCGGCUCCUGUUUUGAACCAGCACUGUUUGGGUGGGUGUGUGUGUGUGUGUGUGUGUGUGUGUGUGUGUGUGUGUGUGUGUGUGUGUGUGUGUGUGUGUGUGUGUGUGUGUCACUGGGAGAUUGGUUGUUCUGCUCUUUCUAUACCAGAUGAAGCAUUAUUGCAAGUUGCAGUUUUAUUUUCUUGUCGUUUGCCACCUUUGUCUCUUUUAAGGUAAUUGGUUGUUUGUGUUUGAACAUUUAAUUUUUACUUAUGAACCUGUGCUUUUAUUGGUGUUUAUAUUCUUUUUGAUGUAGUAAAUGAUAUUUUUCCCUUUUUCUUUUGUUGAGGAUUUACUAUUUUACUGAGCUGCACUGUCACUGAUGUCGUAACUGGGAAUUUAUCUUUUGCACCAGGAUUUUGUUUCGGUUGGUGCAAAAUAAACAUUACUUUUAAAUAGA